GACAAGGUUUCUCACUCUGAGGACAAGGUUUCUCGCCCUGAGGGCAAGGUUCUUUUCUCUGAGGACAAGGUUCUUCACUCUGAGGACAAGGUUCCUCACACUGAGGACAAGGUUCAUCACUCUGAGGACAAGGUACCUCACUCUGAGGAGAAGGUUCCUCAGUUUGAGGCCAAGUUACUUCACCAUGAGGACGAGGUUCUUUACUCUCAGAACAAGGUUCCUCACACUGAGGACAAGGUUUUUCUCUCUGAGGACAAGUUUCCUCACUCUGAGGACAAGGUUUCUCACUCUGAGGACAAGGUUUCUCACCCUGAGGGCAAGGUUCUUUACUCUGAGGACAAGGUUCUUCACUCUGAGGACAAGGUUCCUCACACUGAGGACAAGGUUCUUCACUCUGAGGACAAGGUACCUCACUCUGAGGAGAAGGUUCCUCACUUUGAGGCCAAGUUACUUCACCAUGAGGACGAGGUUCUUUACUCUCAGAACAAGGUUCCUCACACUGAGUACAAGGUUUUUCUCUCUGAGGACAAGUUUCCUCACUCUGAGGACAAGGUUUCUCACUCUGAGGACAAGGUUUCUCACCCUGAGGGCAAGGUUCUUUACUCUGAGGACAAGGUUCUUCACUCUGAGGACAAGGUUCCUCACACUGAGGACAAGGUUCUUCACUCUGAGGACAAGGUACCUCACUCUGAGGAGAAGGUUCCUCACUUUGAGGCCAAGUUACUUCACCAUGAGGACGAGGUUCUUUACUCUCAGAACAAGGUUCCUCACACUGAGUACAAGGUUUUUCUCUCUGAGGACAAGUUUCCUCACUCUGAGGACAAGGUUUCUCACUCUGAGGACAAGGUUUCUCACCCUGAGGGCAAGGUUCUUUACUCUGAGGACAAGGUUCUUCACUCUGAGGACAAGGUUCCUCACACUGAGGACAAGGUUCUUCACUCUGAGGACAAGGUACCUCACUCUGAGGAGAAGGUUCCUCACUUUGAGGCCAAGUUACUUCACCAUGAGGACGAGGUUCUUUACUCUCAGAACAAGGUUCCUCACACUGAGUACAAGGUUUUUCUCUCUGAGGACAAGUUUCCUCACUCUGAGGACAAGGUUUCUCACUCUGAGGACAAGGUUUCUCACCCUGAGGGCAAGGUUCUUUACUCUGAGGACAAGGUUCUUCACUCUGAGGACAAGGUUCCUCACACUGAGGACAAGGUUCUUCACUCUGAGGACAAGGUACCUCACUCUGAGGAGAAGGUUCCUCACUUUGAGGCCAAGUUACUUCACCAUGAGGACGAGGUUCUUUACUCUCAGAACAAGGUUCCUCACACUGAGUACAAGGUUUUUCUCUCUGAGGACAAGGUUCUUCACUCUGAGGACAAGGAUCCUCACAAAGAGGACAAGGUUCCUCACCUUAAGGACAAGGUUCUUCUUUCUAAUGACAAGGUUCUUCACUCUGAGGAGAAGGUUCCUCACACUGAGGACAAGGUUCUUCACUCUGAGGACAACGUUCCUCACACUGAGGACAAGGCUAUUCUCUGA